CAGUCCCCUUCUUCACUUCUCCCUUCCGCUCGUCCCCUUCCUGGGCUCCUGGCUGCCUUUUUCCCUUUCGUCUCGCAACAGGCGAGGCGAGGCGAGAGAUCGGUCGUGGAAGCGAAAUAUAUAGCCGGCUCCGAUCCCAACCCAACGCAACCCGUCCCGAUUGCUUUGCGCCAACGAGCGCGCGCCCCCUCCCUGCCUGCCGUAACCGCGCCGCGCAAGGCUGCUGACUACAUAUUAGAUGAUGGAUCUGUCCACAGCAUCAGUAAUGGCAACUAAGGCCUACAAGUACAAAGCAGAAUCACUUGUUAAGGAGUACCUUCUUGCAGAUUCUUAUGUUUCAUACACUGCUGUACUUGGUGGGAUCCUGAUGUGCAAGAUGGCCUAUGACAUCACACACUUAAUCAGCUCAUUCUACUACAAGGGUUAUGGUUCACUCACAAAAAUCCAAAAGCUUGAGUGGAACAACAGGGGCAUGUCCACUGUCCAUGCAAUAUUCAUCACAGUCAUGUCAGUGUACCUGGCAUUCUUCUCCAACCUAUUCUCUGAUCAGCUGGAUGGACCAGUAACCUUUCGGAGUUCAAACCUGUCCAAUUUCACUCUGGGGGUUUCUGUUGGGUACUUCAUCACUGACCUUGCUAUGAUAUUCUGGGUUUAUCCUUCCCUUGGUGGAAUGGAGUAUGUUCUUCACCAUAUGCUGUCGCUUAUUUCUAUAGUCUAUGCUAUGUAUUCUGGGGAAGGACAGUUGUACACAUACAUGGUUCUCAUCUCUGAAACAACUACACCUGGAAUCAAUCUCCGAUGGUUUCUUGAUACUGCUGGUAUGAAAAGAUCCAAAGCCUAUCUUGUCAAUGGUGUUACAAUGUUUGUUGCAUGGCUGGAGGGAGGGAGAUUCACUAGAUGUUUCCCAGCUCUCUUGUGGUACAGUAGAUGGCACGGAAAAUCUUGUUCGUCUACUUGUUUUACCACAUCUACUUCCACUAUGAUCAGGUCAUGCAGCUGCAAACCUUCAGCUGCAUUCUGAUAUUUGCUGUGCCCACAAUACUACUUAUCAUGAACACAAUGUGGUUUGCCAAGAUCGUGAGAGGCCUUAAAAAGACCCUAGCCAAGAGGCAGUGAAGAGAAGAAUGGUAGAUGCAAGCUCACGGAACAUCUACGGUCGUCCCUUCGUACAGUCACUUUACAUCUACAUACACUUCCCAAGUAAAGCCGUUAGUGCAGCUCGUAGCCCAAGCUAAAGCCCCUGUACAUGAUUCAGAGAUACACUUAACAGAGCCCAAAAUUUUCCCUGGAUAUUCUACCUUGUACAUACGCACGUCUGGUUAUGGCUGAGGAUGAUUUUUCUGUGGAUCAGAUGCUUCGACGUCUCAACAAAUUAGGUAGUGGUCAUCAGAUAGACUUAGAAAGGUUCAAACUUUGCGCUUCUACUUACAGGUUCAAUAUUCAGCUCUUAUUGUUCUGACUCCAUAAUUAUAGUGAGUAAAUUUUCUAUCGCUAAUGUUCUCCAAACUGCAGUUAGCUUUGUGGUGCUAUAUGGCUAUCCCUUUGAUCUGCUUUCAUGGUGCAGGUUGUGUGUUAAGGUUUAUCAACAUUGUUUGAUUUGAACGGUCCAGCUUGUACUCAUUUGGUGGCGCCUUGUGAGGGUUAAUCCUCUCAAGUUGCCCUUAUUCAGAGCAGAGGGAAAAGUUCAGAAACAAGUGUACCUUCCAAAGGCAAGUAUUUUGGGAGUUGAGUAUAAGAAUGGCAAAAGGAUAUUGAUGCGUGUUCUUGGUAUGGUCCACAGAUGACUUAUUCUGUACAAAGUGUACAUAACUGUACCCUCUAAACGCAGCGUUACUCGUGUGCUGAAGCCUUGUUCAUGAUCAACCGCUCCAACAAGCAACAAUGUCCGAAGUGAGACGUCAUGUCCAGAGAAUUGCCAAGGUUUUGCUACGACAUGCUACGGAUGAGCGGCCCUUGAAACGACAUAAAUAGAUCAUUGUUCUCCGGACCGAAGAUCUCAUCUGCCUUGUUGAGAGUUCGCGCAAAUAUGAGCAGUUCAGUAUUUGAACAAUCAUUUGAAAAGUGAGAGUUGGUCCCAACUUCUUCUUCUUCUUCUUCUUUUUUUUUUUGAACAAUGAUUGGUCCCAACUUCUAACUUCUCGAGGCUGCCGAUGGGCAUUGAGCUCCUUGAUAUUGGCAAGAAAAGCUGCAAAUUGUUUGUAGGAGAGGCGACUCCCGGGAAUGUGAAACUAAGUUAUGCUGAUU